GCCCCUCAACCUCAAAAUUUUUUGGAAUAUAACCCCCACUCAACACAGCUGGCCACAUGUUGUCCAGCCACGAGACGUUAGAUUACCUUCACAGCCAGACUGAAGCUGCCUUCGUCGCUGCCGGUGGUGAACCAUCAUCCUCAGCUGCACCACAGAAGAAGAAACGCAAGAAGGAUCCUAACCCCUCUGAUCUUCACGCUCUCUCUCCAACCGCGGAAUGGCCUUCCCUGUUGGCAGAUCUACAUUCCCGAACAGAGAUACAGCUCAACUCUCUUCAUGACCAAGUUCAGUCACUCGCAGCGGCCACUACCACUCCUCAUUCGCCUGUUGACAUGGGCCACCUGCCUACCGACAUCGCUAAUCUUCAGAAAUGUGUGUCCGAGUUGUCUGCCAUCGUCACUAGCCGCUUCCUUCAGCAACAUUCAGCCAUUGCUGGUUUGACAGCAUCCACCGCCUCCCUCCCCUCUCUGUCUGAGACGUUGAAACGCAACUCGAAUCGCUUGACAAAUAUCGAAACACAAAUUCUGUCCAUGCCACGUACUGGCCCCUCAACAGACACGUAUCGUGUCCUAGAGAGCCGAGUGGCUGAGUUGGAAAAAACCUUGCUUUCAAUCUCGACGCCCACCACGAUUGCAAAGCCCUCUUCCUGGCUGACUUCAGACAUCUCCCCUCACGCUCCUGCUCCAUUACCCACACAUUCAGUCGACCCAUCCCUCCAGGUCGUCGUCAGUGGGGUUCGUGCUGUAGGCAAUCAUUACGACUAUGUCGCACAGCUCAUGGGAUGCAUGCCCACUCUUUCAAUGACUGUGGUUUCUUCCGUGGAGCAUCUAAUAAGUUCGCCGGGUACCAUCGUAAUCACGUUCCGGACGGCGCAGAACGCUAAAGACUUCAUGUCUGCUGCCCGUUCCCUGCCGGAGCGCUUCCGUCAUUAUUGGUUCCUCUGGGCUGACAACCCAGAUUCUCCGAUUGCGUCGGCUUCCGCCUCUCUAUCAAAAGGUUCUCCCUUGACUGGACCCUUUGUUGAUGACCGUCAUGGGUAGGUGGCAUCGUAUCAUCUCCCAGGACGCCCGAUAAUUUAGUUCUGUGCUUGAUUAACAGUACUCUUACCAACACUACUGAUUUUUUACCUAACCUUGAUGAUCAUGUAUCGCCUAUGUAUGUAAUUGUAUCUCAUUGUUUCCUAUUCCUACUUCAUGUCUACCCCUUCUGUUCCCAUAGGCCUAUAGUGUCACCACCACCUCACUUGUAUGUACCAUCACUAUGCUUAAUACUGUCUGUCGAAUCAGU